AUGUUUGUCAUUUCAACCGGAAACACUACACAGGAUUCAACAGAACAGAAGGAGCCGUCUAUGGAAAAAGCAUACUCGGUAUCGCCCUCAUUGGCCAAUCGUAAAACAUUGGAUCCUUCCUCUAUGCCAAGAAAGUAUCCUCGAAUAGCGCUUCGUUCCCUUGGCAAUAUUCAGCAAGAACAACAGGAUGAAUCAGCAGCUUUAGAGGUAUCCAAUGAGACUCAUGAAGACUCGCCGAAAUCUGCGAGUGAAAAGCAGACCUUAAAGCAGACCAUAAAACCAGACGGCCCUUUAUCAGCUUCUCGUUCAAUCAAUAAUACUCCCUACAAGAGAAAGUCUAUUAUAGUAAAUACCUCAAUGGAAUCGUCAGAGGAGAACGUUUUGCCUUCACAGGCUGAAGAUGAGAAUGAGAAUGACACAGAAGAUGAAACUUCCGACAUAAGUACAAUCCACCUCAAAGAUAUACAAAGUUCCCCGCAAACUUACAAUAGUACAGGGGAUAUCGAUGGCACUUCGUCCAAUUACAGCCAUAAUGGCAUUCACUCAAAUCCAGGAAAUGCUGACGUUUCAAUGGAUUCAGCCGUAAUGUUGAUGAACAUGAAUGAUGAGACUAUAGUUGACACUUCAAACAUCCUUCAAAGUGCUUUUUCAGACUAUCAGCAGGAAAUUGACAAACUUGAGUACGGUACCCAAAAUCGAUCCUCAGUAGAGCCACCAUCUGAAUCAAAUGGGUCUCAAUCGCAUGCAUCAUUUUUAACUUAUGAGCAGGAGAAGACUUCACAUCAAAUGAGCGCAAGGCAGGCUCUUAGUGGGAAAUUGCAGCAUCAAGAUGUGCCGAAGGCAACUGGUAAAGAUCCGCGUUAUGCUCCGAGACAUGUGCUUAUGAUUCCUUCGUUAUCUCCCGCACAGAAAGAAAGAUUUCAUGUAUUACAGUAUCCAGGAUUUAUAAGUAUUCAGGAAUCGAAUAUAGGUAUGUUCUCGGAAAAGAGAGAUGUCACUGGCAUUAACAUUUAUCAUGGUGCCCGUUACUGCGAAUAUGCAGAUUGUUUUUUGGAACCUCCAUCCAGUGUCCCCUUGACAGGUCUCAAGAGGACUUCUCUCACAUUUAAUUAG